AAUUGAAUCAUCGCCCAAUAUUAUUAAAGCAUCUGUCAAAAGUUCGGAGUUGCAUUUUAUUUUUGUUUACGUUGUUUAUUUAUUUUUGAAAUUCUGAAAAUCAAUCGAUUUUUAUCAUUCUGAAAACUUUAAAUUCCGAAAAAUGUUGUGCAGACAAGUUCGGCCCGAAACCAACGGGAUCGAACAGAUCUACAUCAUCAAGUCGGAAAAUGGAGAGGAACCGGGCAAACCUGCAGGAAGUGCCGGCAGCGACGGUGCUGCUACCAAUCUGGCCAUGGAUCCGGAAGAGGUGGACGUUAAGCAGGAACCUACGAGUGACAAUGAGGAGCAGCUUCCAGAUGAAAUUCCUCCGGCACUGAAUCCGGAUUUUAACAUACUGGAUGUUAUCAUCAAGGAGGAACCGGAUGAGCUGGACGUAAGUGGGGAUGCUAAACCGAGUACGAGCAGGAAGCGGGUGGUGAAAAAAGUCGAAACUGUGAAAGAAGAGGAGGACGAUGAUGAUUCGGGUGACAGCGAAUACAAACCGGGGGCUUCCAGUUCCGAUGAGUCCAUCAGCGAUGAAGACACGAAUAAGAAAGCCAAAAAGUCCAAAAGGGAUGAUGAUUCGUCAGAUAGCUCCGGUGUUUACGAUCCGUACGUCCCUAAGAAGAAAACCAAGAAAACCGCCAAGGAUGACGAUGAUGAGUCGUCGGACAGCUCCGGAGUGAAUGAUCCGGAACCGGUUCCUCGGAAGAAAGAGAAAAAAGUUACCAACAAUAAACGGAAGAAAUACCCGGGAGAUCCACCCAUUCGGCAGAACGUCGUCAAACGGUUCGUGUGCCAUUACUGCCCGACCAAGUUCGCCACAAUGUUCAAUAAAGAACGACACGAAAAGAUUCAUGAAGCAAAUAUGCCUCCAGAGCAGCGCGUUCACCGUAAGCAACACUUUUGCUACGUUUGCAAGCGGGAGCACGUAACCAAGGAUGAACUCAACGACCAUCUGUGCAACCACGUGGACAUGCUUCCGUUCACGUGCACCGAAUGCGAUGAUCCGAGCAGUAUGCACUCGGUCCGGAUGAUGAACCGGCACAUGCAGCUGCACGAGGAAAUGCAAGGGGUCAUCGAAUGUCGCAUUUGUCAUGCUCGGUUCCAUUCCCAUGCCGGAUGUCGGGAGCACGAGAAAGGCCACGUUAAAGACGAAGACUUGGAAGCAGCCAAAGCCCGGGCGGAGCUCGAGAGCAAGCGACUGAACGUGAAAAUAAUCAUCAAGGACGGUCGCAAACGCUAUCAGUGUGACUAUUGUGAAAAACAUUACUCACUGAUAGCCUCGCUGCGACGGCACACCAAUGAACACACCCUGGAGAAGAUGUACGUGUGCAAAACGUGCGGAAAGUCAUUCAGCAAGUGCUCGGCGUUGGCAUUGCACGAGAAGAGCCACUCGGAUUUCGUCCCGUACAAGUGCGAAACGUGCGACAAGCCUUUCAAGGAUGUGGUGCGGCUGAUCCAGCACAGACAUCUUCACACCGGCCAAAAGCCCUGCGUCUGCCACUGUGGAUUGUCGUUCAUCAAAAAGGGCGGCCUCAACAAGCACCUGCAAAAAUGCGUAAUACCGAAAGAUUUGGGAGAAUGCACGUGUCGCUUCUGCCAGGGUGUCUAUCCUUCGUAUUUGGAGCUGGUCAAGCACGUCAAGGAGCUCCACGAAGCGGACAUGGAAGAGGCAGUCAUGUGCCGGCAUUGUCCGAAAAUGUUCAAAGAUGCUGUGCAGUUGGUAAAUCACGAGAUUCAACACCAGCUGCCGUCGGCCAUCAAGUGCACCCAGUGCAGUCGCAUAUUCAACAAUACGUACAAUUUGGAGCAGCACAUGCAGACCCACGUGGAAUCGUUCGUGUGUGACGUUUGCGGAAAAACGUUCACCCAGAAUGUGAAUUUGCGCGUCCACAGACGACUGCACAGCAGUAAGCGACCACACGUGUGCGAUCUGUGCCAGGCAGCUUUCGUCUGUCCGGCCAUGCUGAGGAAGCACCGGCUGAAGCACUACAACCCAAGAAGCAAAUACCACAUUCCGGGAUUGGUCAACGAAGCCGACCAGGACGAAUCGAUUGGGCUGGACGGGAUUGAAGAGGAUGAAUCCAUCGGGCUGGAUGGCAUCGAGGUCGACGAUGAGGCAGACGAAGAGGAAGAUGAAGCUUCGGUUCGUGAGACAACGUUGCCGGCUGAGGAAACUUUGUAAAUUGUGCGUGCUGUUGGAGUCGUGUGUUCUAGUACUUUUUUACACAAACCGUUCGAUAGAGUCGAAUAGAAUUUUUCUUUUAGAAAAUUGUGUUUCAGGAAAAUGAAUUGCGCAGUUUUGUGGAUAAUCAUAUUGCGAAUUUUCACUCCACUGGACCCCUUUCGCAGUUAUCAAAAGUGCGGGAUCGUGGAAUCGUGGAUAAAACUACGAUUUCGCAUCGAAUCGUGUCGGUGUCUUCUGCGCACUUAUUCAGCAUCUUAAAAUGAAUAAGUGCGCAGAACUAUAUCGAAAACAAUCCUCGACCUUACCGAGAAUCGAAUCCAGGCAUCUUUGGCGGGAUCUUUAUUUGCAGCUGCGCACUUUUAUGCGAUUAUGUAUCCGUGUGACAGCUAAAAGUUUACCUGCAUUCACGAUGAAUGAAACAUUAUAUUAACAUAACCAUAGACUUUAGCAGUUUUAUACCUAAAUGUAUUUCCAUACAAAGAAUUCCUUGAAACCGAUUUGGAAACGUUAGUUUGAAUUAAUUUCACUGCUGCAUUAUGAACGGAUUGUAUAAUAUAUAUCAUGAACCUAAACAAAUUACCCACGAAACAUAAAAUAUACAAAUAAAUUACGUAAAAAUAUGUAAAAAAGUUCAAUUUA